AGCGUGGGGGCGGGGAGGAGAGGCGGCGGCAGCGUCCGAGCUACGCCACACAGGGCCGGGGUGCUGGGUGCUGGAGCCAAGAGCGGGGUCGUGGCGGCGGUGGUGAGAAGAGCGAGGCGGAGGGGGGGGUGCCAUGGCGGGACAGCAGUUCCAGUACGAUGACAGCGGGAACACCUUCUUCUACUUCCUCACCUCAUUCGUGGGGCUUAUCGUGAUCCCGGCCACAUACUACCUCUGGCCCCGAGACCAGAAUGCCGAGCAAAUUCGAUUAAAGAAUAUCAGAAAAGUAUAUGGAAGAUGUAUGUGGUAUCGUUUACGGUUAUUAAAACCCCAGCCAAAUAUUAUUCCUACAGUAAAGAAGAUAGUUCUGCUUGCAGGAUGGGCAUUGUUCUUAUUCCUUGCAUACAAAGUUUCCAAAACAGACCGAGAAUAUCAAGAAUACAAUCCUUAUGAAGUAUUAAAUUUGGAUCCUGGGGCAACAGUAGCAGAAAUUAAGAAACAGUAUCGUUUGCUCUCACUUAAAUAUCAUCCAGAUAAAGGAGGUGAUGAAGUUAUGUUCAUGAGGAUAGCAAAAGCUUAUGCAGCUUUAACUGAUGAAGAGUCGCGGAAAAAUUGGGAAGAGUUUGGAAAUCCAGAUGGCCCUCAAGCCACAAGCUUUGGAAUUGCCUUGCCAGCUUGGAUAGUCGACCAGAAAAACUCAAUUUUGGUUUUACUUGUAUAUGGAUUAGCAUUCAUGGUUAUCCUUCCAGUUGUUGUAGGCUCUUGGUGGUAUCGCUCAAUACGCUAUAGUGGAGACCAGAUUCUAAUACGCACAACACAGAUUUAUACAUAUUUUGUUUAUAAAACCCGAAAUAUGGAUAUGAAACGUCUUAUCAUGGUUUUGGCUGGAGCCUCUGAAUUUGAUCCUCAGUAUAAUAAAGAUGCCACAAGCAGACCAACAGAUAAUAUUCUAAUACCUCAGCUAAUCAGAGAAAUUGGCAGCAUUAAUCUAAAGAAGAAUGAGCCUCCACUUACCUGCCCCUAUAGCCUGAAAGCCAGAGUUCUUUUACUAUCUCAUCUUGCUAGAAUGAAAAUUCCUGAGACCCUUGAAGAAGAUCAGCAAUUUAUGUUGAAAAAAUGCCCUGCCCUACUUCAAGAAAUGGUUAAUGUAAUCUGCCAGCUAAUAAUAAUGGCCCGGAGCCGUGAAGAAAGGGAGUUUCGUGCUCCAACUUUGGCAUCCCUAGAAAACUGCAUGAAGCUGUCCCAGAUGGCUGUGCAGGGCCUUCAGCAGUUUAAGUCUCCCCUUCUGCAACUCCCUCACAUUGAAGAGGACAAUCUUAGGAGGGUUUCUAAUCAUAAAAAGUACAAAAUUAAGACUAUUCAGGAUUUGGUGAGUUUAAAAGAAUCAGAUCGUCACAAUCUACUGCACUUCCUUGAAGAUGAAAAAUAUGAAGAGGUUAUGGCUGUCCUUGGGAGUUUCCCAUAUGUGACUAUGGAUAUAAAAUCACAGGUAUUGGAUGAUGAAGAUAGCAACAACAUCACAGUAGGAUCCCUAGUUACAGUGUUGGUUAAAUUGACAAGGCAAACAAUGGCAGAAGUAUUUGAAAAGGAACAGUCGAUCUGUGCUGCAGAAGAACAGCCAGCAGAAGAUGGGCAGGGUGAUACUAAUAAGAACAAGACAAAAGGAGGAUGGCAGCAGAAGAGCAAAGGACCCAAGAAAACUGCUAAAUCAAAAAAAAAGAAACCUUUAAAAAAAAAACCUACACCUGUGCCCUUACCACAAUCAAAGCAACAGAAACAAAAGCAGGCAAAUGGAGUUGUUGGGAGUGAAGCUGCAGUAAAGGAAGACGAAGAAGAAGUUUCUGACAAAGGCAGUGAUUCUGAAGAAGAAGAAACCAAUAGAGAAUCCCAAAGUGAAAAAGAUGAUGGUAGUGACAGAGACUCUGAUAGAGAGCAAGAUGAAAAACAAAACAAAGAUGAUGAAGCAGAGUGGCAAGAAUUACAACAAAGUAUACAGCGAAAGGAGAGAGCUCUCCUGGAAACCAAAUCAAAGAUAACACAUCCUGUUUAUAGUCUUUACUUUCCUGAGGAAAAACAAGAAUGGUGGUGGCUUUAUAUUGCAGAUAGGAAGGAACAGACGUUAAUAUCUAUGCCGUAUCAUGUGUGUACACUAAAAGAUACAGAAGAGGUAGAACUGAAGUUUCCUGCACCAGGAAAGCCUGGAAAUUAUCAGUAUACGGUGUUUCUGAGAUCAGACUCCUAUAUGGGUUUGGAUCAGAUCAAACCCUUGAAGUUGGAAGUUCAUGAGGCUAAACCUGUACCAGAAAAUCACCCGCAGUGGGAUACAGCAAUAGAAGGGGAUGAAGACCAGGAAGACAGCGAGGGCUUUGAAGAUAGCUUUGAGGAGGAGGAAGAAGAGGAGGAAGAUGAUGACUAAGCAGUACUAUGAAUGGACCACAGUAUUUGCAGCUUUUUGCUGUUUUGGAAGUGUAUAAUAAACCAGAAACAGUGCAGAACUGAUGUUGAGGGAGGUGUUAGUUCUUUACUAGAAAUGGGUGCAUAAUAUAACUAGGCAGUGGUGAUGCCUUGGUACAGUCUGAAAAGUGCUUAAGGCUUGUUAAAGCCUUUCAAGUAUGGGAUGGUGCAUUUAUUUCAUCGGCAAAUGAUAAUAAACCCUUUGUUAUAACUGUCCAGAAAUGUGGGCUAUGUAUUAUCAAUUUAUGGUCCCAGUAAAAGUAAAGGUACAUGAAAACCAAUUUAUAAGUGAGCAGUUUUUCUUUGUUUAGCUUUAGUUUUCAGCAAACAUGAAAGUAUGGUAAACACCACACAUGUUUUUAGGAACAUCUGCUCAAGUUUUAAUCUUUUAAUAAGCUCUGUCAUUCAUUUAUUGACAUUUUGCAGUGACACAAGACUAUUUAUAACAGCUCCAUUCAUAGCUUUAAACUUUUUAUUUUUACCUGUCUUGGUCAUAAGUUGGCAUUCUGUCACAUUCCACAUAAUAUAGAGGGCUACAUUUGGGGAUUUUCCUUUUCUUAAUUGCCCAGAGUUAUCAGACAGAUUAUAAAAAAUGGCGUUUAAUGGCUUAAAACAUUUUUAAGCCUCUAUUUUAGCAGAUCAGUGCAGGAUCUAAUUCUUUUUAUAAGCUAUGGGUCUAAAAAUGAUUGUGGGACCAUAUGUUCUCUGAUGUUGGUGACUCAUGUUAUUAAACCUUUUUAAAAAGGUUCACUAUAAAAGCUGAAAUACAUUCUUAGCUUUUAAUCCACCUGACUCAGAAGCCUUUUAAGGAAAAAAAAAACCACAUAACUUGCAAAGGAGGCAUUUUUUUUGUAUUCAUUUUGGACUCCUGUCAAUAAAAUAGAAGUUUGACUCAUUUUAUGUUUGUAAUGGUGUGUGUCUUUUUACUUCCAGAGAAAGGAUAUAAUAGGAUAAUUCACUCUUUCAACUAAAAAUUUAAUAAUGUACAUUACUGCAGAAGUGAUCGCUAUUUCUGUAUGGUAUAGAAAAAUCCAUGUGUGGGAGGAAUUAUCCCCUCACACAUUGCAACCCAGAAGGAUAGUGCUUAUAAAGAGUAGAAAUGUAUACAUGAUGAAUCAUUCAGGUAAAAUGAAUAUUUUUAUUACUAGAUACUGAGGAGAGGCAUAUGUCUGUAAUAUUAUAAGACUGAUUGUAAUAAUCCUUGCCUAUCAAAAUCUCCAUAGGCCAAAGUACUGUUGGAAUACUAAUUUGUGACCUUAUUGAUUUAAAAGGUUGCCACAUUCCAUGCAGAAUUGGUAUUUUGUUACUGCAGUAGUUGGAAAUAAAAUUUGAAAA